CUCGAUCAAGUUGGCCGACACCAAGUCCCAACCAAGAGUGCCACUGCCUGCGAUAAUAAAAGGUUGCGACGCUGGGUUGGUGGUUUGGAAGAGGUCGCGGAGAAGCGUCAAGGUCUCGCCGAAGGUGUUGACGAAAGGUUGUCCCACGUGAGAUUGCGCAUAGUGUCCCAUGGACUGCGAGACCUCAUCUGAGAUCUCAAUAGGCCCCGGGAUCAACAGGGUCGGGUGAGGUGGUUGUGUCGACAUUUUGGCGGAAGACGAGGUGGACAAUUGACGUUUCUGCACAGGAGACGGUGGUGAUCGUGGCAGCGGUGUAUAUGGGAGAUCGUCCGACGAGGCAGGCAACGAAUCUCGUUCGGCCGUGUAGGGAGUGUUAAUCGGAGGGUAGGAGGACUGAUGGUGUUCCUGCAGAUGCCGUGAAAUCAGACUCAGGCGAGUCGUGGCUGCAGAAUAAGGGCGUGAGGGAGCCAGGUUGGCGACGGUGGGGGGGUAUAAGCGGGUGGUGGUGGUGACACGGAUGCCUGUACGGUGCCCAACGUGAACUGCGCGGUGGUGAAGUGGCCGAUGCAGCAAACGUGCGGGGGAAUGACCGAUCGAGGAGAAAGACGAGAUAACACCGCGACCGUGAUUCGCAACAGAAUUGAGAUGCGACAAGGGCGAGAGGGAAGAAGCUGCCGAGGACAUUUUAUUAUGGAGAGACGCUGCCCGGGACGCCAUUCUGGCCAGCGAGCGAAAUUUCUGAUCCGGUUAGGGAUCAAUUCCUGUAUAGUAAUAGCAACUUGAACGGAUCUAUAAUAUGCCGCCACGCGUCGUUCUUUGGUCUCGCUGAUGGGAUUGAACAUUCAUAUUAUGCUAUGAGGAGCGAGUAGUCUCGAGUAUCUAGUAGGCUGCUUCCCUCCCUGGCAUUCAACUCUGGGGAUUCAGCCCAGAAAUAUCUUAGCCCAAAGAUCUCCCCAACCUUCGAUAGAGCAGGGUCCAGGGGUUUCAGGGCGAGAAAAGCGGAUGGACAACUCGGCGGCCCGGUCAAGCCCCAAGCUCGCUCUCACAGCCGCUGCCAGUGCUCAUCAUCACACAAAUAGACACCCGAUUGGGCUUCUCCGGCAAAAAGUACAAGCGAAGAAGCCGAUAUCACGUGGAUAGUAGAGAGCAGCUGAACAUCACGUGCAUCGUUGGCCUCUUCUGCCACGUGAUCGGGCUGAGACCCCUUUUUCUCGUCAUUAUUGUUAGGCUUUGUUUGUUUGUAGCACAAGAGACAACAGUCGUUGAGUAGCAGAUAUGUCUCUCCAGACCUUGUCAAUGACCAAGAACAAGACGCCUCCUCCUUGAUUGCUUCAGAGCUCCUCACUCUCCCCGCUCAAGUGCCAUUCAGGCGCUGCACCAGGUUCUUGAUCUCCUCGCUCUCCUCGAGCUUCUUGGCCUUCUCGUGCUCCCCGAGCUUGAUGAGUCUUUCCCUCUCCUCUAGGUAUUCCCAAUACUCCAGAAACUCCUUGACUUCUAUCUCGGACGGGGUCGGGGAUGCAGCGUCGGUCAUGUCCACAUCGCCAUCGUGAUCGGCUUCUUCCUUCUUGAUCUGUUGCUUGACCUCCUCAGGUAGGUGCUUCCGAAGGUAUCGAUGGAUCAUGAGCUGCACGUUUUCUGGCAAGGAACUGGGCUUCAUCUGUGCUCCCUUAGGAUUGAGCGCAAUUCUCGGGACCACGGAGCUGAUAAGGCCUUGCAACUCAGCAGACUUGGCCUCUGUUAGCUUCACAAUGUAGGUAUCGUUGAAAUCCAUCAUCUUCUGUGUCAUUUGCUCCUGGGGCACAUCAAGUUGGACGUCUUUGGCGGUAUCAUGUCUGUAGACGAUUUGGCUGAUAGCUCGGACGGUCUCAUCUGACAAAUCUUGUGGGCCGUAUGGCACGUUGUCUCGGAUCUUUCGCCAGAUCGCAGGAUCUCGGUCCUGAAGAUACCUAAGGAGAUCAUCUUGUCGUUCCGCGUCGUUGUUCAGAAAAUACUGCAUGGAGUCGUACAUCGCCACACGCUCACUCUCGGCCACGGGUUCUGGAAGGCCGUACAUGGCGGAUUGAGGCUUCAGGAUCGGGGUUCUGGCAGAUCGUCGAUGUCCUUUUGGCUGCGAGGCUUCUUCGUUGGCUGUUUGUUUGGGUCUUUGGGCUUCCUUUGCGUUGGCUGCUUCGUUGACUCGCCGCUGGACCAAACUCGAUGGAUGGGAUUCGGGAAAGGAGGGUUGUGUGAGGGCUUCUUGUCUUGUCAGGGUGCAAGCUGGUUUGCGCAGCCGCACUGGAUAGGAUUGCGGGUGAGAGAAGGAGCGCAAACCAGGACUACCGUUGUCGACACCUGAUAUAAACAAUCCCCAGCCGCAUCCUUAUGGUGCGGUGCUCAUUGUUCAGCCUCGUCGGCAGGACGAUCCAAGCCGCACCAGCCGCACCCCAAGACAGCAUCUUACCUCACGAAUAAGAUCCAUACAGACUCGGUUCUUGCAUUCACAAACCCUUUCAGCACUGGGACAAUCAACAGACUAUUGUGUUCCCGAAGAAUCGACUCGGUUGAUUAAGAGCCUCGAUCUUGAAGCGUGUUCCUCCAUCUCUGUUUCUAAUCCCACCCUGCUUACCACACGCCGUCCGAUCUGCCGCUUGCUCCUUCCUCAUCCACCCGAUCUGAAAGCUCGCCGGCGACCCAUACCCUGCAUACUACGACGCCAGCAUAUGCUACAGAAGUUGGAUAGUUUCGCAUCGUCAGGCUUGUAUCUCGACUCAACUGGCCUCAAUCCUCCUCAACGCACCUGUGCUCACUCUCCUCUAAUCCGCUGGCCGGGUUCUCACAUCCUGUACUCCAGUAAACGCCGUCUUUUCCUACCUGAUACUUGACCCGAUCUCAAACAACAUGGACAUGCACGCAGAAGACAUCGAGAUGGACGACUACAGCGAGCAGAACGAGGCUUUUCUACAGAGCACAGCAACCUGGACUCGUCCUGUUCGUGCAUCCUCUGCCCCAGUCAAUGGCCUCGCCGUCUACAUGAAGACAAAAUACAACCGUCUCUGCCGUCGUCUGGCCCGCUCCUCGUUCGGCACCUCCAUCUACUGGAUCAUAAUGAUCCUCGGCUUCUUGGUUUUUGCUCUCUUUGUCUCUGCCCUGGUGUUCCUCACAGUCUACAUCUGGAUCCACAGCAUUGAAUUGAUUCGUGUCCACACUUCUCCAGCAAUCACUUGCCCUCCUUGUCCUACUACCAGCAGAGUCUUCACGCCUUCUCUUCCAUACACAGCCCCAGCAUCCCACAAAUCUGCGCCAUUGGGCAUGCUCCACCCUGCAAAUCGGCCAUUUCUCCCUGAAAAUCCACACUACCACGACGACGGCUCGUCUGCGCCUUCUCGCCCUGUCUACAAUGCGUCCGACCAUGAGGGAAACCUCGCCAGAUGUGCCAGCAACCUCAACCAGCGACUGUGGGGUGGUCCGAACACGUUCAAGGCCACAAAGGACAUGGAAUUUGUGCUUCUGCUCUGCCAAUAUGCCGUUUACAAGGCUUUGGAAGACCUUUUCCCGCCUCCUGCUGCUCCUGGACAGGGAAGAAAGCCCUGGAAAGUGUUCUUGGUCGCUGUUUCCGCUUUGCUUGGUGUUUGGUUGCUGUGGGAAUUGGGCCGGUGUUGUUGGAGACGCAGCAGAGGAUGGAGAAGAAGCAGAAACAGAAGAGGAUGCUAGGAAGCAUCUGCUGCUGCGAGGCUGGCCGAACAAAGGGGCAACAGGGCUGCUGCGAAUAAGGGUAGAAUAGUGGUUAUGCAGCCAAUCAGGCAUAGGCACCCAAGUGUGCGUUGUUAGGUUGCGGAAUGAACACGAGUUGUGCAUGAUAUGUCCUGUCGUCCGCCUGUGUCAGGGACUGGUUUUAAUGUGGCCCUCAGAUGUUGCUUUGUCG